UUCAACCGCAGGCCUUUUAUCCUGCCACUCGUUGAUGUAUGAUCAGAUUAUUAUAUUGUUAUUUGUAAAAAUGACAAUGAAUUGUCGAAUUCUAAUAAAAACCGGAAGUUUAUUUUGGAAUAAAAAAGUAGCACAUAGUUUGUGUAGUUCGUUCUAAAGUCAAAAAACUUUUAGACAUGGAGAGGUGUCGAUCUUUGAGAAUCCCGAUAGAGUGCAUUAUCUGCCUGUAGCAUCACACAAUGUCACUUCACAUUAUUUCAGGAAGCAUGAACUAGUGCAAUAUGUCUAUGCGCGCAGACCUGCUGUAACAGAAGUGAGACUGAGUAAAGGCUUGGUCACGACUGCUAUGGUGUGAACACUGUUUUUCUGAGGCAGCUUUAGGAUGAAGUGUUCCCUGCGAUCUUGUUUGAGGGCCAAUUUGCUCUUUUGCCUAGGACUAUUUCUGCACUGUGGAGAAGCCCGAGUGCUCACUGAAGUACAGGCUGGGCCACUGUAUCGCGUGGUGGGCUCUCCGCUCUCUAUCUCCUGCAAUGUGAGUGGCUUUGCCAGUGCCAGCACUAAAAAAGGAUUUGAAUUCCGUGUUAAGAAGCCUGAAAAGCCAACAUCUGAGAUUAACAUCAUCAGCACCAAUGACCCGGACUUCAGCUAUGCCGUGUAUACACAACGUGUGAGGAGUGGGGACAUUCGUUUGACACAUGUGAAUCCAAACUCAGUCUUCUUUGAGAUACAAAGACUAGAUAAAACUGAUGAAGGGGAGUAUGACUGUAGUGUAAUCAACCACUUACAUGUUUAUGAUGGAACCUACAGCGCUACGACAACAGUGAAGGUGAUUGACAACUCCCUCAGUGUUUCAUUACCUGCCUCCACUUCAUUGAGCUAUUAUGAGGGUGAUGCUCUCGCUUUAACGUGCCAAGCCUCCAGCAACACCAUCCAGCACACCCAUCUGUCUCUUGCCUGGUAUCUCCAUAAAGACGGUGAAGAAAACGCUCAGCCUAUCAUUUCUCUGGAUAGAGAUUUCACACUGAUCCCAGGCCCGGGGUUUGAAGGGCGUUACCAAGCUGGACUCAUAAGGUUAGAUAAAAUGGGAGAGGCCAUGUACAAGCUAAACAUGGCUCAGCUGGAGCUGUCAGACCAAGGCAGGAUCUACUGCCAGGCUCAGGAGUGGAUCCAAGAUCCUGACCGCUCCUGGUACACCAUCGCACAGAAGGAUGCAGAGAAAACUAUCGUGAAUGUCAAAGCCAGAGAGGUGGUGCCAGACCCAUCGUCUCUGGUGGUGAGAAUCUCUGCACAGUCGUCAACACUGCACGAGGGGCAGGAGCUGUCGCUGUCCUGCAACGUAGACACCCAGAACCUUCAGGAAAGGUUCUUCUCUGUAGCCUGGCUCAGGGGAAGUGUUGAGUUGGCCCGCAUUGGCCCUACAGGCAUUCUGUCUGUGGGGCCAGAGUACAGUGGGCGAGUUAAAGAAGGAGAGCUGCGGGCAGCACGGAUUGGGGACAGAGAUUACCGUCUCAUAUUGCAGCCUGUCAGAACCGAGGACCAAGGAGAGUUCACCUGUAGAGCAUGGCUUCAGGACAGAGGGCAGGAUGGUGCCUUUACACAGGUAGCAUCCCAGGACUCCAAGUCCCAGCUGGUCAGCAUCUCAGCCACAGAAAGCGGGCUCUCAGUUGAAAUGCUCGAAAACUCUGCGGGUGUUAAAGAAGGUGAAGGACUGAAGCUCACCUGUAAAGUGCGUGGGGUCAAAGGCCCGCUCUCGGUCACCUGGCAACGCAAAUUAACAUCCACAUCAACGGCCAUGUUCACCAGUGUCAUCAGUCUCAGUCAGGAGGGUGUUCUGGAGAAAGCGGUGGAGUUCAUGAGUCGCAAAGUAAAGGCAACGCGUCCAGCGACUGACACAUUCACCUUAGAGCUUGAUGAGGUCACUCCUUCUGAUUCAGGUGUUUACCAGUGUGCUGUGUCUGAAUGGAAAAUCAAUAGCAAGACCAACAGCCAGUCACAGACUGCCACUGUGAUAGUGGCUCUAAUAGAUUCGUUUGUAAAAGUGUCUCUGAUAAGUCGCAACAAUGUAGCGACUGUGGGAGAAAAUGUGGAGUUGAUGUGCCGGAUCAGAGGACUACGAAUGCCAAAAACACUGACUUGGAGCCUGCAGCGUGAUGCCUCAACCCUAGAUAACAUCCUUACACUGUACUCUAAUGGUGCCAUCAGCUGGUCCGGAGACCAGCACCGCUACCAGCUGAAAGUAGAGAACACACAGAAUGAAGUCAUUCACUAUCUGCUCAUUAAUGGUGCGAGCCACAGGGAGGCAGGAAGCUACCAGUGUAGUGUGUCUGUCUUCCUGGAGAAUGUACACAAGAAGCUGCCUCCAUCCAACCUGCUUGCUGUUUUGGUCCAUAAACCAGAGAGCAAACUCCGUCUGACCACCACCCCUGCCUUGACAGGAAAUAUUAACACUGAUAUAGACAUGAAUUGCUCAAUUAUCUCAGACUCCUCUGCAUCCUCUCGCUAUGCUAUCACCUGGCUGCUCCAGCAACAGGCAGAAAAUAAGACCAUUGUGAGCUCGGACCAGGAUGCCCUAGUAACUUUCGGACCCCAGGUACAGCAGAGCGACAGACAGCGAAUCAGCAUGAGGCGCACUAAGGGGCCCAGUUUUGAGUUCAGUAUUCGUCAAGCUCGGGUCUCAGACUAUGGCUUAUACAUAUGUGAGGUGGUGGAGUGGCUGCAAGAUCCUCAUGGUGACUGGUAUCAGCUCUCACCAGUGUCCAAAACUACAGAGUUAACAGUUAUUGAGCCUGAAAAAAACCUGUCCAUUGUGAAGGAAAUAAAGGAGUUGAAUGUGAGCAGAUCCGAGAAUUUCACUAUCCCCUGUCAUAUCACCAAACAAUCCAGCAGUGAAUCCGAGUUCCAAGUCACAUGGUUUUGGCAGAAAGACACAGAGACGGAACAGCACCCUGUAUUCACCUCUUACCGCAACUCCACCCUACAAGACAGAUUUAAGAAUGGUGAUCAGCUAAGAUUUGGCCACCCUUUGCCCAACCAGUUCAGCCUGACAGUCUUGAAGCCAAGUCCUGUAGAUAGUGGCCUGUAUUUCUGUGAGGUAGAAGAGUGGCUUCCAUCUCUGUCUCAUGGAUGGAGGAAGGUUGCAGUGGAAAAGUCAGGAUAUUUGACUGUUAAUGUCUAUGCAGAUGGAGAUGUUAAUACCGUCUCUGAGCCAGAAUGCAAGUCGGGUAUCUGGAUGGGGAUUCUCAUAGGUGCUGUCAUAUGCUCACUAUUGGUCAUAUUACUACUACUGGUGCUGAAGAUGUGCAGGAGCAAAGUUACAAGAGGAAAGCAGUCAGGCCAAAGUCUCUGGACAGAGGAACUCUCACUGAACACCAAACCCAGUGUAGAGGACUAAAUCGGACCACAAGUGGAGAAGAGGUUUUUAUGUUACAUCUUAAACUUCUUUGCAUAAUCACCAGCUUCUUAAUGCCUUCAAUGGACAGUUGAGCUUGUCAGGAGAUUAACUUUUUGGAUUUACACAAAGCAACAUACUCUGAAUGCAGCUUGAUACUAUGUCUUUUAAUGGGGGGAAGUCAAAGCAUAGCAUGUCUAAAGAGUGCAGCUAAGCACGACAUGUGGUAAGACUUGAAACUUUUCUCUGUAAGUAGCACUGCGAUGAAUCAACCAGGAAGUGCUCUGUGGUUCUUCAAGGAUGACUGUGUGGUCAAAUCUGAUGGGACGUGAGUGUGAUGAGCAUUUUGGCAGACAGAGUAACAGUCAGAGGUUACAUUCAUACAAUGGAAGUAAAAAUCUGCCAAUGCAACCAUUUAGUUUACAUGUUUCUGGAAGCACAAUUUUACUUAAUGAUGAAAUGUGUGUGUGUGUG